UCAACAUGGCGCCUGUCUGCCGGACAAAAGGCGAAUCUGUCUGACGGCGAAUUGAAGCCCAAUUAGAAUCGGAGGAGACAUUUUGGGAAAACUGUCAGCGUCCGUGUGUCCCUGCGGCCCGAGGCAACAGAUAUAUGGUCAAAGCAGCGUCUGUGGAGGCUCUUCUACUGGAAUAAUCAGGAUGUUCCAGCAGUGUGAGGAGCCUCGCUUCACCAUUGAGCAGAUUGACCUCCUCCAGAGGCUACGGAGGACGGGUAUCACCCAGGCAGAGGUCCUCCAUGCACUGGACACCCUGGACCACCUGGACCGGCAACAUGGACACAAGUUGGCCCAUAAACCUUCCUACAUGCCUCCCUCAUCUUCCAAUACCGUUGCUGCCUCUUCCUCUAUGACUUCCACCGCCACUCAGACAAGUUUUCCAGACAGCCGUCUCACAUUGUCGCCCAACAACAACUUCGACACCACCUCCCCACCUCUGCCGGUUCCAGUAGCCUCACCUGUUGCCAUAGCAACGGUAGCACAGAAUGGUCUAGUUGCCGUCACCAAUGGGAAACUUUCACCGCCCCGCUUUCCCCUCGCUGUCGUUAGUGGCAGUGUGACCACACAGGGUUACGGGUUUGAAGCCAGUGAAGAGGACAUAGAUGUCGAUGAUAAGGUGGAGGACUUGAUGAGGAGGGACAGUGCUGUGAUCAAAGAAGAGAUUAAGUCCUUCCUGGCUAACAGGCGAAUCUCCCAGGCUGUGGUUGCUCAGGUAACAGGGAUCAGUCAGAGUCGGAUCUCCCACUGGCUCCUACAGCAAGGAUCGGACCUCAGUGAGCAGAAGAAACGAGCCUUCUUCCGCUGGUACCAGCUGGAGAAGACAAACCCUGGUGCCACUCUAGCCAUGCGAGCGGCCCCAUUGGCACUGGAGGACAUGAUGGACUGGCACCAAGCCCCGCCCCCCUUUGGUUCAGCCCCUGGCGGCUUCCGUCUGCGACGCGGGAGCAGAUUCACUUGGAGGAAGGAGUGUCUGGCUGUCAUGGAGAGCUAUUUCAGUGACAACCAGUACCCUGAUGAGGCCAAGAGAGAGGAGAUAGCCACUGCCUGCAAUGCCGUCAUUCAGAAACCAGGAAAAAAGCUGUCUGAUUUAGAGAGGGUAACAUCGCUGAAAGUCUACAACUGGUUUGCCAACCGCCGCAAAGACAUCAAGAGGCGUGCUAACAUUGAAGCAGCCAUCUUGGAGAGCCACGGCAUCGAGGUUCAAAGUCCAGGUGGUCAGUCCAACAGUGAUGAAGUGGAUGGCAAUGACUUCCCUGACCAGGGCUGUGAGGUGUCCUUAUUUGACAAGAGAGCUUCAGCCAGGCAGUUUGGUUUCAGUCGAGCAGACCUGUCCUCUCCCACCCAGGUUCCCACACUGCUUCCAAGCUGGUUUUCUGCCCUGGGUAGAGGGGGAGUGGCUGCACAGAGGGGCACUUCUCUGAUUGGUCGCUCCCUAAUGUCGGGGGUGGGUCCUCAGGCGGAAGGUGCUAGACUAACAGGUGUGUCCUGGUCCCCCCCUUCCCCCUCCCUCCAGGAUGAGCCCACCAUUCACAGCGCACUGUCCGAGCCUCAGGACGGUUUGGAGAAAGCGGCAGGGAGUCACAGCAGCCCAGCCCUGGCCAGUCAGGAGGAUGGCGCUGGGUGCAGCAUGGGGAAUGACAUCAAGACGGAAACGCUGGAGGACGACUGAAAGAGGCGGCAGAUAUCAGAGCUGUCGGAGCGAUGAACAGGUGUCAUUAUAUGCAACCAGAUUUUAUAGGAAUGUAAUAAGUGAAAAAAAAAUGACCAAAAGUCGUGUAAACUCCAACCCUGAGAUACCUCCCAACCCUACCUCCAACCACCAACCUGCUCUGCUACGCUCUUAUAGGCAUUAUUAGUGUAUAAUAAUAAUAUUAAUAAUAACGGGAAACUUUUAUUUGUUCAAGUGUUCCCCAUCUAUGGAAGACUUAAAGUGUACAUAAGAACAAAUUCAACGAAGAAAGUGAAAUCAUUUAUAACGUUCAACUAUGAUGCACAUGUAAGGAAACACAAGCUGUGACAGUCUGUGUGGCUUGUCUUUGUUGAUUUAUUUCAUAUUAGGCAUUUUAGGUCUUCCAUAAAAGGCUAAUGAACAGAACACGAUGCAUUGUGCAGAUUUCUUUGGAAACUGCAUUUUUCACAGCAGGACAACACUGUAUUUGACAUGGGGUUCAAAUAGUAUCAGGGUCUUGCACUGUGAUCACAACACAACUGAACAGCCUCAAAAGAUAAUAACUACAUGAAUUUGAAAGUUAAAUUCAUUUUAAUGGCUUGUUUUAAAAGGAUAUUUCAUCACAGGUCUUUAUGUUUCAAAUUAUCACUGCUGAUUCUGUCUAGACAGUAGAAUAAGCUUGAGGUCACAGCAUGUUUCUGUGAGCCCAAGAUGGUUUUUAAAAAUGUGCAAAAGAGAAAAAAAUCAGAGUGACCCUCCCCUUCCUGAUAACAUAAGCUAAAUAUAUGGAAGCUCUGAAAGGCCAAUACACAUGAUUAGAAAUGUUUUAAUAGUUUAAUAACCAAUUAUAUAACCUGAUCAUUACUCAUUGGUAAAUGGUAGUGUUUAAAUAUUGCUGAAUAUAAUAUGAUGUAAUUUUAAAACUUUGUUUUGUUUUUCAGAGUCGCAAAUUUAGAUUUUAGGAUUUCAGUCACUUUGACUUUAACAUAAUUUAUUUUUUUUUAAAUCUAUGAAUAGUUUUAAAUGCACUACUUGAAAUUACCCAAAGGAAAUUUGAAAUUGGAGUUUAAGCCUUAUCGAUUUUCUAAAUACAGUAUUUCAAUAAAAUGAAUUCUGUACUAUUCAAACAUCACCAAGUGGUGUUCAAUCGAGAUAAAAGUUCACAACUAGAUCUACAGUUUGUAAUAGGAUUCAAAUCCUUACAGCCUGUCUUUGCUUCCAUAUCAAAAAUAAGCAAUUUAAAAAAAAUCUUUAUGACAUAAAUGUCGAAGGUCGCUGAAACUGUUGACAGAGGUGUAUAAAAGCUAGACACCAGGAUAUCCAGGUGAUUGGUUUAGUUUGUUCCUUUGUGCCCAGUUACCUGCUCAGUGACCUGGUGGAAUGAUUGAUCACUGUGAGAACAUAUCAGUACAGAUCAGUCAGUUGGGAGGGAUUAAACAGUUUAUCAAAGCUGUUUAGAUACUACACAUUAAAGUGUGAGAUGAAUACAUGCAUAUACUAAAUGUGUAUGUGUGCAUACACACACACACACACACACACACACACACACACACACGCUUAUACACAGUAUAUGUACCCUAAUACAUUUCUAUAUACAGUAUAUAGACAUAUUAGCUUCAAAAGAGAGAAACUAUCAGUAUGAGUCUUUCUUGUUGGUGAAAGGUGAGUGAAACAUUAGCCAAAGUAUUAAGUUUUGAAAUUUGUGUAUUUUUUGAGUGUAUGAUAGUCGUGGAUGGAACUAUGUAUUAGAGAUAUGCUAAUCAAAGACACAUCAGAUGUGUCAAGUUAUUGAAAGCAAAAUGCAUAAUUUUCCUUUUAGGGUAAAUCUGUGUUUGUGCUCUAUAUGCCAUGUGUUCUAAACACAUACCGUCAUGUUUAAGUUGUAUUUUAAAUGACACUUUAUUGGAUCAAUACCAUGGUGCUUAAAGUUCCUGUGGUUAAAACGUUUAAUUGAUCACUAUGAGUGACUGAUCACAGCGGCCGUAAGAAGAGAGAAAACAAUGUUUUCCUCCAAAAAGUAGUUCGCGUUGAAUGAAUUCUCUUUAAACAACUACUGCAAGAAGCUUCUUUAGUUGAAAACUAAAUGUUCUAUCAGAGUCUAAUCGUGGAUGUGUAUGUCAGUUACAGCCAUUGUAGAAGUCUGUUUUCUCCACAUGGAAUUGUUUAAAGUCAGGGCUCACUUUCUUAAACUGUUGUCCAGGGGAUACCUAGCUAUAUUAAACACUGUUUAAUUUUAAAUAUUAUAAACCACCAAGUGCUUCUUCUGUAGUUUAUCACUAAACGUGGUUAGCUUGUUCUAGUUUCCGGUCCUGUAUUCUGUUCAUCUCUUCUGAAAUGUUUUGCGGUUUAGUCAACAGUUGGAUGUGCAUCUUAAAGUGGUAAUAAUUUCUUGUUUGGCCAUCAGUGGAACAAGCUGAUGACCACUUUAUCAAGUUGUUGUGCAUAUUUUACCAAACUGUUGUCUAGUUACACAUCCAACAGAUGUAAACACAACAUUAACAAUCAGUCUUGUUCCUCGACAUGUGAUGACAGCAAGUCCACUUAUCUGUCCUCUUGUAGCUCUGGUUUGAUUUCCCCUUGGGGAAAAACUACAGAGAAUUUAUGGUUCUUGUGUAUUUUCUCAUUUUCUGUACUUCAGAGAAGACAAACAACAAAGCAUACAUUAACAAAAUUAAUUCAAGUUUUAAUUUGAUUUAUUUUUAAAUGUCUUAAUAGUAAUGUCAAAAAGACCCCAAGGAGUUUACACUCAAAAAUAAUGUAAGUCAAACAAAAGCAGUAUAUUUAGAAUGACCCCACGUUAACCAUUAACGCCAACGGUGCACUUUCAGCUUCAGAACAGGCCUGUCCUGUUGUCCACAACAAUUAGCAAACAACCAUUUGUUUGAAUAAAGUGUGUUGGACUUGUCCCUUGACAAAAGUGAGCAGGGCUCAGUGUGAGAUGAUACCUGGUUAAGCUUUAAAAGGCUAGCCCUGCUAGCAUCCUCCAACUGGUAGACGACAACACAUGGUUUUGUGCUCUACAGGUGUUGGCCUGGGAGUGUGCCUGUACGAACACAGAACUAGCUGCUUGGUCAGUCUGUUCGCCGGCUGUCUGGUGCUGAGCAUGGAGACAGUGGAGUUAGUGCAGCUGUUUGACUGAAAGCAGCAGUCUGCUAUGGCUGGAAACACGAUGAAUAGUAAUGUUUGUGGGUCAGGAAAUCAAAACAGUGAGCUAAAAGAGGGGACUGAUGAGAGUCACAUGAUUAUUGUGUGUGGGUCCGCCACAACAAGCACCUCUUUCAUAGUGCACAUAGACAUUUGUUUUUUUAAAAUGUAAAAAGAAAUGUGUGCAGCUUUAAGCUCUGAAGAAGUUCUGAUCGAAAGUUGCAUUUUUAACAAGACAAAAAGUUGGUGUUCAAAAGUGUAGUGGGUGAUCACGGGUGAAACGCGAACCACGACCUGAUGCUGAAAGUGAACCUCUUGUGUUUGCAUCAGUGUGGUCAGCUGCUGACAUGUUACAGAGAAACGGGUGAAUCUCACUAGUUAAAAAGUAAACAGUGCGUUGAAUUCUGUUCAGCUUUAGUAUGUCCGUGUACUGUAAGGUUUUAUGUUCAAGUGCCUUAUUUUUUUGCAGUAUUUCAACACAGGUUUAGUGCAUGACAGAUGACUUCUACAAUGGCUGUACAUGUGCCACCGUACCACUACUAAUGCUAGAAAGCUAUCACUAUGAAUUUCUGUUACAGCCCACACUAAAGCGGCUUCAGUCAAACCGUUUCGUUAUUGUUCCUUACCAGGUGCUUUACAGGCUAAGCUACUAGUUCAGAGUGAAAAACGUCAACACAAUUACCUCACUCCCUUGCCCUCAGCUAUAAGCUACACCCCGCAGAUUUUUCCACAGCUGCUUCAAUGUGAAUCAGAGUUUGAACUGUCCAGAGAAAAACUAACCGUAGAGCUGAUUUAUUCAGAGGAGACUGAUGGCAAACUGUGAUGAGGCUGUAUAGACGGCUCACACUGACUGAUCUGGGACUACAGAAGUGUCAGUGUCUUUUUUAAAGGGAAAUUCCUCAUCAAACUAGAGCUAAUAAAUAUUAAGUUUGAACGCAAAGGGAAUUUCCACUCCAAAAAAAAAGAAGGAAAGAAUUUAUUCAUUUAUACGCUCCACCAGGGUCCAAAAGCUCCUCAUCAGUCACUCAAUCUGGUGGAGUAUUAAACAAAAGUCUGCAGUGUUUCAGACUAAAUGUCAGAGAAAAUUGAAGUUUUGUGGUGGAAUGUCUCUUUAAAUGUUUGGCAGCAGAGCUGUCCUGGGUGUAUUUGCUUUAAGCAUUUGAGAAAUCACUAGUCUGUUAUGUAGCUUUCUAUUAUUUGUUUGAGUUAUUUACACCACAAUUUCAAAAUAUACUAUCCCACAAAGGGUUACAUGUUUGUUUGUUUUUUUUCUUUUCUUUUUAAUCUGCUAAGCAGAAGCCUUUCUGAAAGGGACCUAUUUUACUUUUCCAUAUUUUCUGUCACGUAUAUAUAAUGUUGCGUUGUCGGAUAUACAUGUUAAAUAUGUCCAAAGUUUCAAAAAAUGCGGCAAACGUGUAACAUAUGCCAAGCUUACAGGACAGCCACGAAGUUAAACUACAGUCUUCUUGGUAAAUGUAUGUACACCUUCUCUCAAAUAUACACAAGGUGAAGUAGUAUUAUAGGCAUGUAGUGUGCUCCAGCAUGCAAACAACCAAUGGUGCAGGGAGAUACUAUACAGUCAUUUGGUGACAGCAGAAUAAUAUUUUGCGAGUAUUUUCUGGCAGCAGAUGUUUUCCACUGCAGUUAGCCACACAUACAGAUAUUAACAGGGCACAUAGAAAAAUCUUUAUAAACAGCUUCUCAUUGAAAGACUAAAUCCAUUGUUAUUUCACACAAUUAGCAGGAAAUAAGCAUAAUAUUUACCAGUUGUUCUGCUCUACUGGAUGUUCGUGCUGUCUACUCAUACCUCAGAUUGGACUUAGGCUUUACCGUUUGCUUUAGUGACCUACACUUCAGCGAGAGAAUGAGGUGGUGCCAUAAACUGUGUAAAAGAUGGACCGAGCCUCCAGGUCUGAAAAGUGAAGCCAAUGUGAAAGUGACUUGAAUCUGCUUUUUCCUCAUGAGUUUAUGGUGUCAGUCGCUAGUUUCAAGCCAUCUUCAACACAGAUGAUGUUCGCUUUGUAAAUGAUGGUCCCAUUUGGAGUAAAACAGAGGAUAAAGGAUGGUUUGUUUUGGGGCAAGGCUACCUAGAGAUUGACAUGUUAUUAGUGUAUGGGCAUGCAGAGUGUGUCGAUUUCAGAAGAGCAAGAUGGCGAUAGUCAAAUUCCAAACUUCAUGCUUCAAAGUGGCCGCUCACUAACCAAUAGCUGAUGUCACGGUGGCUGCAUCCAUCUUUUACAUAUAGUCUAUGGGUGGUGCUCACAAGCAAAGGCUUCCACAAAGCCUGCCAAUCACAACAAAGUGUUUUUUUUAAGGGCUGGGGGCCUUAAAGAGACAGGAGCUAAAACAGCUUGUUUCAUAUGGUGGAUGAACUGAGGGGCUGGAAAAAGGGCCAGUAGAAGAUAAAUAAGGAUUUUUUUUGAACUGUGAAUCAUACAAAGCUACUCCACAAGAGUCUCAGAAUAUAAACACGUAGCAGGAAAUGAGCGUAUUAGGUUUCCUUUGAGACAAUUUGCUGUUUUGAAAUUGUUUCAGGAUGUUAGGCCAUUUCCAGUGCUGUCUUCAAGGUCUUCUCAUGAAAAUGUAUUUUGGAGGUCUGAAGCAGCUAUUUGGUGUUAGUUUGUCAUUUUCAGGAUUUUGAAAACAAAAAAGAAACAGCACUAAAACCAUAAAUAUAAUUAGAAGCUAAAAAAAGAGGGUGCGCAAACCACACGUUUAUGAUUGGAAACCAAACAUGUUUGCAUCUUGACUUUGACUUUAAAAGUGUCUUUUUGUGCCACAAAGUAUUUUAGUUGCCUAAUAACUCAAAGUUCUCAUGAAAUGAAAACAGUAAUAGGAAAGCUUUUGCUCAUCCAGUUCUGUCAGGACUGCAUCAGCCUCUUCAUGUGUCUUCUCAUUGGUUAGAAUGCAGUUUUACCAUCUGCCUUCAGUCCUCUGUUGCCUUCUUGUACUGCUUUGUUUUUGAAAGGACAGGCCUACUUCUCUGGAAUACUUACCUGUACGUGCACCUGUGGCACUGACUGCACCUUGAUCACGCUUGUCUUUGCCCUGCCAAAUCCCACCACCUCUUCUUCUGGCAAUAGUGGUGAUGUAACAGUACUGUUUGGAUGUGAGAUGCUUCCGUCGGCACUGGGCUGCUAGUAUGACAAAAAUCGUGGUGCAUGUAGUAGAGGUUUGAUGUGAUAUUAGACCUGCUGUCUGAACAAAGAGAAAGCACAAGGGAUCUGGUGUCACUGUGGUUUCAGACAGUUCAUGUCUCAGAACUGGAUACUGUCCUCCUACAUUAGUCAGUGUUGUUCGAUGCAGUCUGACAUUUGAAGAGUAGAAAUGCUGUAUUUUAUUUAUGUGGGGGAAAAAUGCAUCAUUCAUGUAGUCAAUAAAAUGUAGAUGUUCAGCCAGGGAUUGGACACACUACUUUCAUAAUGGACAUCAUCUCUAAACAUUUUAGUAGUUAAAAACGGUGGUUGCCAAUAAACUCUUUAAUAAACCUCUGUAAAAUAAAAGGUGUCAAACCUCAGCAGGAUGUUGUAUCAGUUUGAUUUUUUUUUAUCCUCCUGUUCUUUUCUAUUUCAAGAUUUAGUGCCUUUUUUGGACGGUAGACUGUUCUGUAAUCGCUAUGUAGAAAAUCUACAUAUGCCUUUUGUUACUUUUUCAUCUGUUGGAUAAACCUUAUUUGUUAUUUUUAAGGUGUGUUUUUAUUGAUAUUCUAUUUACAAGGGAAUAAAAACUGAUCAUGCAGUGUG